ACAGGAGGAGAGCUCAGAGUAAUCGUAGGAGGACAGAGAAGGGAACUUGUGUCAGCGUGGGUGCUGAAGCAGGAGAAUGACAUGCUGGAUAAAGGGGCAGCGAUGAUGUCCAGUACCAUAUUCAAAAUGUCCAGGUCACAGUGAGAGCCUCCUGUCAUAACAACAGUAGUUCCAUCAAGAUCCAUCAGAAGAAGCAGACAGCAUGCAGAACCUCUGGCAUGCAGCUUCUGAGGCUUUCCAGCGUCUCGGGUUAAAACAAAGACAUCUGGGCUAUGAGGAGCUGGGAGAGCUGGACGGGGUGGAGAAACCACAGCCGCACUGGUUUCACACGCUGCAGGUGCGACGGCUCAGAGUUCAGAGGGGCCGCAGUAACAGCGAUCCUAUGGGAGGAAAGAGCUUCCAGCAAGAGUUCCAGUGGAAAACUGGCCUGCAGUUUGGGAAUGCGACAUCUUAUCUGAAUCUUGAAAAACUUGGAGAGGGCACAUAUGCCACAGUGUACAAAGGAAUUAGCAGGAUAAAUGGUCAUCUUGUGGCUUUAAAGGUGAUUCACAUGAAAACUGAGGAAGGAAUUCCAUUCACAGCUAUUAGAGAAGCCUCCUUGUUAAAGGGCCUUAAACAUGCCAACAUAGUCUUGCUUCACGAUAUCAUCCACACACGAGAGUCUCUCACCUUUGUCUUUGAGUAUGUGCAAACAGAUUUGGCUCAAUACAUGAUUCAGCAUCCUGGCGGACUUCACUCGUACAACAUCAGGCUCUUCAUGUUUCAGUUGCUGCGAGGAUUGUCUUACAUUCACAGCAGAAGAAUUCUGCAUCGAGACCUCAAACCUCAAAAUUUGCUCAUCAGUUAUUUGGGGGAACUCAAAUUAGCCGAUUUUGGUCUGGCCCGAUCUAAGUCCAUACCGUGCCAAACAUACUCUGCAGAGGUCGUGACUUUAUGGUACCGGCCGCCAGAUGUUCUCAUGGGCUCCACUGAUUACUCCACAGCCCUGGACAUCUGGGGAGCCGGCUGCAUUUUUAUUGAGAUGCUACAGGGGUCACCAGCGUUUCCUGGAGUAGCUGAUGUUUUUGAGCAGCUGCUGAAGAUUUGGGCAGUCCUCGGGGUCCCGACCGAGAAGAGCUGGCCAGGUGUCAGUGAUCUGCCAAACUAUAAACCAGAGUGGUUCCUGCCCUGCAAGCCCCAGCAAUUUCGAGAUGUCUGGAAAAGGUAAGACCAGUUCAUGUGUGCAUGCUCGUGCGCGUAUGUGUGUGCGUUUUGGCUCCGAGUGGGAACAGAAGGGCUUUUGUA